AUGGGAGGCAUUGGUAAGACUACUCUUGCUAAAGCCAUCUACAACAAGCUCUCCAAUCAAUUUGAGCAUCGUAGCUUCAUUGCUGAUAUAAGGGAAUCAUGGAAGAAAGGCGUUCAUCAGAUUCUGAAGCGGUUAAUCGAUGAUAUAUUGCAGCAAGAUAUUGGAGUUCGUGAUGAGAAUGAAGGGACUUAUAUUAUCUCCUCCAGGCUUAAAAAUGAAAAGGUGCUCGUUGUCCUUGAUGAUGUGGAUAAUGUCAAUCGGGUGAAGCUUUUGAGUGGUAAUCGUGAUUGGUUUUCUUCGAGAAGUAGAAUCAUUAUUACCACUAGAGACGAGGGGAUUUUUAAAGGUGUUGAGGUAGACUGCAAGUAUGACCUUAAGGAAAUGGAUGACGCUCAAUCCUUGAUUCUGUUUAGCAAACAUGCGUUUCGAAUGGACUCUCCUCCAAAGGGAUUUGAGGACCUCACUCGUGAAGUUGUAUCGAUCACUGGAGGGCUUCCCUUAUGCCUUGAGAUUUUUGGUUCAUUAUUCUGCGGAAAAGAGUCAACGGAAUGGGGAGAUAUGAUAAAGAAGUUAAAAAAAAUCCCUCGUAAGGAAGUGCAAGAAAGGUUAAGAAUAAGUUACGAAGCAUUAGAUGAUGGACAAAAACAAAUAUUUCUGGAUAUCGCUUGCUUUUUCAUUGGCAGCGACAAGAGAAUCGCAUCCUACAUGUGGGAGGCCCGUAAAUUUUUCCCAAAGGGAACGGAAGAGAUCGAAGCAAUUGAUCCGAGUAAAGGCGGGUCGGAUGGCGACGUUUACCAAGAUGAACAAUUCAAGAAGUUGACAAGUCUAAGAUUCCUUCACAUGAUGAAGGGGGCAAAGCUCAAGGGUGAUUUUAAGGACUCGGUUGAUGAGUUAAAAUGGCUUCGAUGGGAAAACUGUCCCACGAAAUUUGAAGUGAACAAUCUUCACGCAACAGAAUUAGUUGUCUUGGAAUUGCCACAUAGCAAGAUAAAUGAAGCAUGGGAAGGAUGGAGUUCUUUCAAGAGAAGCUCCAAUUUCUUGACCUGA